CUGAGUAACAGACUGAACCGUACAUAUGUACAUGUAUUUUUAUAUCUUCUCUGGUUAAGAAUAUUUAUACUUUAUGGUUUGCUUGUAUGUUGUUGUACCUUAAAAGCAGCAUGAUAGUGAUACAUCCGCUGUUUAAAAGAUUAAAAUAUGACUAACUGCACACUAGACUUAAAGAAAUAUCGUCAUUUGAAAACAGUUCAGUCUUGUUUCAAUUGUGCUUCUGACAAGUUCAUUACGGAAAAAAUGCGAAAGGUCCAUUUAAGUCUAGUAUUUGCGAUUGCCUUACUUGGAACUGCUAUCGCCAGUUUGGCCGAAGAAGCGGUUCCUGGAUGCAGUCAAUUCACUGAGGUUCUGGAAAGUCGACUUAAAGCCAUUGAAGACACUUUGCACCAGAGAUUGACGAGCUUUGAAAAUCGACUGACUCAAUGGGAGUGCUCAAAGAAAGUAAUAGUUCCAAUAAAAGACUCUUCUACUUUUAAUGAUGAGACCACCGAGAGGAAUUUGUUGGAUCAGACGAAAAUUACUCAGUCACACUUGAACGCCGAAAUUCCACGGAAUCCAAACAUAAACUCAUCAAUCGGUUCCCGAAUAAAGGAUAUCUAUAACGACUUGGCGAUAAUCGCAGCUUUCAAAGCAAACCCUAUAAGUACUGAAAGACCUGAAGAGAAUGUUAGCGAAGAGCCAAAACCUUUUGAUAUUGAAAAGUUCCUACAAGAAUUAGAUGUUCCUGAAAUACUCAAGAAUUUAAAUGCUACAGUGGAACACGAAAACGAAGUUCAACAAGGAACAACAAAUCCGGAUAAUUUGGUUAAAGAUGAAAGUACAACUGAGAAUUCUUCUCAAGAUUCAACAGAAGGGCCUCUUCAUGUAAAAGGUGUCCUACCAGAGAUAAACAAUCAAGACCAAGAUCCAGAUACAACGAUUGUGGAGUUGGAGCCAAGUUCAGUAUCAAUGGAGGAAGGGGAAAAGUCAGUUAAAAGCAUCGAAUCAAUAGAAACUAUUAAGGAACCACCUAAGUUUGAUGGUAGCUCCCCAGUUGAGUUUCUGGUCGAUCAAUUGAUAAAGGAUCUUAAUGCCAAGAAAAAACAAGACGAGAUGGAAGAAGAAGAAAUAUAUGAAUAUGAUGGAUCCUGGUUGAGGCGUUUAGUUAAACAAGAAAAAUGAGAAUAAAUUACAAAAUACAAAUAUUUCUUAAAAUUCUAAAAAAAUACAAUCAAAAUGACACAUUACUUAGAUGCAGGAUUGGAAAAAAUCCAUGAAUAUUAAUAGUUAUUGUAUUUUUAAUUUAUAACAUAUAUUGCCAAAAUGUUAAGACAUAUAAGCCUAUUAUAGUAAAAUAUUUUGGGUUUUAAAGUCAGGUAAUAAAAUGGUAGAGAAAAGUGGUUUUAAAAAAGUUCCCCUUUGAAAUUAUUCACCAGUCUCAAUAAAAUUACGCAAAUUAAUACCAAAAUAGAUACUUAUUUACAAUAACCUGGAAAAUCUUAUGAGAAACCAUUGGUAU